UUAACGCUGUAAGUCCGUCUCGCGCUACCCUGAGCGCUCUUCUUGCUCGGUUGUGAGCUAUCCUAUUACACCGCCGUAGUUGAGCAGUGUCAUGGCAGGUUGGGUUGCAGCUGCUUCCAGUUUGUCAAAAACAGACUGUGAACAUUACGCUCAGUCCUGCGAGCAAGUAAAACUGCUACAGAGCUUACUGUAACUUCAAAUCAAGGUCAUCAUCAGGAAGCCAAACAGCGAUCAGAGAUAAUGGAAAUAAACAUUAGUGACAAGAGGAAGAAGACGUCCUUGACCACCUCACCUGAUGCGCUGUUCCCUCUAGAUGCUGCUCAGCCCUGCAUUCACCCGCCUCACCUCAUUGCUGGGAUUUAGCAGCUACCUGUAGCUGAAAAGACAAGACAAAAAAGCCUUGGCGGCUGCCUGCGAUCAGUUUGUGUGUCUGUGGUUAGGUCUGUAAUCAUGGGAAAAGAACAGGAUCUGCUGGUGGCCGUGAAGAGUGGAGAUCUCCUGCUGGCUCACAAGCUUCUCUCUAAAGUCAAGUGCAAUAAAAGCAAGCUGCUGGGCUCUACCAAGAGGCUCAACAUCAACUACCAAGACUCAGAUGGCUUCUCAGCCCUGCAUCAUGCAGCUCUAACGGGAACCAUCGAGCUGCUGUCUCUGCUGCUGGAGGCCCAGGCCACGGUGGAUAUCAAGGACAUAAACGGCAUGCGUCCCCUCCACUACGCAGCGUGGCAGGGUAAAGCUGACUCUGUUCUAUUGUUGCUGAGAGCCGGCGCUGCAGUCAACUCCCCUUCCAAUGAUGGACAGAUACCGUUGCAUCUCUCUGCACAGUACGGACACUAUGAGGUGUCUGAGAUGUUGCUGCAGCAUCAGUCUAAUCCCUGCUUCAUGAACAAGGCUAAGAAGACACCACUAGAUUUGGCCUGUGAGUUUGGCAGACUGAAGGUGACUCAGUUACUGCUGAGCAGUAAUAUGGUUGCAGCCCUGUUAGAAGGAGAAAGAGGAAACGGCAGCCUGGACUCUCCCUCCACCACCCCACUCCACCUAGCAGCCAGGAAUGGACACAAAGACAUCAUCAAGUUGCUCCUCAAAGCUGGCAUUGACAUUAACAGAGCCACCAAAGCGGGGACGUCUUUGCACGAGGCUGCCCUCUAUGGCAAAACGGAUGUAGUACGGCUGCUCCUUGACGCGGGCAUCAACGUGAACAUGCGCAACACCUACAACCAGACGGCUUUGGACAUUGUCAAUCAGUUCACCACUUCCACAGCCAGCAGGGAAAUCAAACAGCUGCUGAGAGAAGCAUCAAGCUCCCUUCAAGUUAGAGCAGUGAAGGACUACUGGAAUCUCCAUGAUCCCACUGCACUUAACCUGCGGGCGGGAGAUCUGAUCAUGGUCCUGGAGCAGCACUCAGACGGCCGGUGGAAAGGUCACAUCCAUGACACCCAGCGGGGGACAGACCGGGUGGGCUUUUUCCCCCCUUCAGUGGUGGAGGUCCUCAGCAAAAGAGCAGGAGGCACGCUCUUCCGCCAAGCUUCAAUGCCUUGCAAACGACAACACUUUGUGUCCGGAGCUCCUCCUUCGAGUCACGGCCCUGCCCCUCAGACUGAUGACUUAUACAUCCUUGGCUAUGACCCUGCAGGUGCUCCAUUGGGCAGUCAGCUCUCAACCCCAGCUAGUUCUGCUAGCCCCACUCAGGAAAUCUGGGUCCUCAGGAGCUCUCCCACUGGUGACAGAAACAGUGUCGGCAGCGCUGGCAGUGUUGGUAGCAGCCGCAGUGCAGGGAGUGGUCAGAGCUCAGAGAGCGGCCACAAACAGAAUGGGAUUCAUUGCUGCCACAACAAUGACGCUGGCAAGCUGGCUCCCUCUGCUGGCGAAUCAAGGGACCGCGUUAUAGGAGUGGACCACAGCACACAGGUUGAUGGAUCCACAGGUGGUUCCCGCCAACAGGUUAACGGCACUCCUCAGAAAGGCUUUGUGAGGCCUGAACAGCUUUUGGAAGGCAAGGAUUCAGAAGCUAUCUACCAGUGGCUGUGUGGGUUCCAGCUCGAGCAGUACACGUCCAGCUUCAUCAGUGCAGGAUACGAUGUACCCACCAUCAGCAGAAUGACCCCCGAGGAUCUUACAGCUAUCGGAGUGACCAAACCAGGCCACAGGAAGAAGAUAUCGAUGGAGAUUAGCAAGCUGAGCAUUCCUGAGUGGCUCCCAGAUUACAUUCCUUCGGACCUGGGGGAAUGGCUGAGUGUGAUUGGAUUGCCUCAGUACCAGAAAAGAUUGUGUGACAAUGGCUAUGACUCCAUUGCCAUUGUCAAGGACAUCACCUGGGAGGACCUGCAGGAGAUAGGCAUUACUAAACUGGGUCAUCAGAAGAAACUAAUGUUAGCAGUGAAGAGACUGUGUGACCUGCAUCGCUCUCGUAACCAUGCCGACAGAACCGGAGGCGAAACUCUCAGACGAAAGCUGCCUGCUGCUCUCGAGCUGGUGGUUAUCGAACACGCGCCGACACACAAUGCUCAGGCACACGCUGACACUCCAUCCAAUGACUGUUGCUCCUCCCCUCGUACUCCCAGAGCCCUCCUUUCCUUCCAGGACAGCGAGCUAAGCGUGGAGCUACAGAGUGCAAUGAUGGGAAAGGCGGGUGGAGGUCCCGCUGAGAUGUUCAGCAUUAAAGGUGUGUCCUCUGCUGCAGGUGGGACUGCCAUGUCAGUCAGUCAAGAGAGCAUUGGCAUGCGUUCGCGGGGCUCAGGGAAAUCUGGGAACUCUGGAAAUGUAAAUUUGGCUCAUUGUCAGGAUCAGCAGGCCGUACUGUCUUCAGCCAGGACAUCGAGCCGGUCUGAGGAGAGUUUAAGUAGUGGUGCAGGGGAGGAGGUGAAGAGUGGAAGAAGCAGUCCUGGAGGCAGAAGUAGACAGAGACCCAGUGAGUCAUGGGUGCAUCAGAGUCAAUCUGCUAUCCCAAAUAAAAUCCCCUUCUCCCCUCUCACACCUCCACUGACCCCCAGCAAGAUGCCCCGCUUUGCCUACCCAGCUGUCCCACCUAAAGCCAAACACUUCCAGUCUCCUAACCGCCCUUAUCAGCCUCAACAACACCCACCCUCCUCCCCAUCUUCACCAUCCCCGCAAGCUUCCCCGACACAGAAGGCUUUCAGUUAUAUCCAAGCUCAAGCAGAAGUAGUCAGUGGGGCUCCACGACUACUUUCCAAGCCACUGCCUGGGGCUGUCCCGCUGCUGGGGCCCUUACUUGUACAGGGCCCAGCCAAUGAAACUCAAAAAGGCCCACAAAAGAAGCGCUCGCAAAGCCUGAAUCGCUAUGCUCUGUCAGAUGGUGAGCCAGAUGAAGACGACAAUCCCACUUCCCCUUGUACCUCUGCUUCCUCUGCGGUCAUGCCAUCUUAUGCCACCAUGUCACGCAGGCCGGGACGUGGCCAUGCAAGUCCUCUAGGGGCCCAACGUCACAUCAACCGUAGCCACUCCUUUGCUGUGCGCUCUCGACGCAAAGGUCCGCCUCCACCCCCACCUAAGAGGAUGAGCUCGGUAAACGACACCCGUGUGUGUCAACCAGGAAACCGACAAGGAGUGGAGCCAGAGGUGAAGGGAGGGGUAGAGAUGGAGAGUGCAGGCAGUGUGAGGAGUAUCGCAGCCAGGCUUGAAGGCAGCAGCAGCAGUAGCCCAUCUAGAAGAAUAGAUAUACCACCAGCCCACCUCCCUGUUUCACCUGCAUUCAGCCCUGUUUCCUCACCGAUCCCACGUGGAUUUCCUUCUCACACCAUCACUCAGCACUCCAAACCUGUCCCAGCCUUGGGUCUCGGGGGCCUUAGGAGGGUAGGAAGUGAAAGGACAGAAGGAGACUUCAAUAGACAAAGAGGUAGAAGUACAGAGAGAGACUCUGGUGAGGAAGUGAAAGCAAAGAAAACUGAACACAUAUCAAAGAGUGCUGCUGCAUCUCCCAAGCACAGGUCCAAGGACCAUCUACCGUUUGCUGAAGAAGGCAACCUGACUAUCAAACAGCGACCCAGGAUAGCAGUCGUUAGUCAGCCGGGUGCUGAAGUUAAAACUCCUUCAGAGGCGGUGCAGACCCCAAACAGCCUUGAACUCCCAGAGUUCAAUCUAAAGGAGUCUGACACGGUGAAAAGACGGCACAAACCCAAAGACAAAGACGCGUCCACUCCUGAAGAGGUUAGCACCCCACACAGAAACAACAAGCACCCAGAACCCAACAGCCUCCACAUGCAAAAUGACAUCAGUACACUGAGUGACGAUGAAGCUCAGAGGCCACACAAUGUUUUCCAGAGGAUAGGAUCAAUGGGAAAAGGCCCAAAGCCUCCAGUGUCCUCAAAACCUCCCAGUCCCCUCAAACAAACCCCCAACAGCGAACCAACAACUCCUCAAAAAACUGUUUCGCCAUUGCAACCAAGUGGACAAACAGCCAUCCCUAACCUCACGAGCGUACAGAUUCACACAGUCUCCCCAAAGCUGAAAAGCAACAUGUACAUUCAGACUUGUAUGUCCAGUCCAAAACCUGUGAAACACAGACAGACCUUCACGUCCGAACCUGGGAGUCCACAGAAAGCCGUCGCUGUGUCAAGACUCCCUCAGAACACCUAUGCAGCAACAGCAGGUCCGAAUCUCAGCAUGGCUCAAAGUGUUGCCUUUGCUGCUCCACCGUCACCAUUGCUGAACUCUUACUGCCCACCCUCGGCACUACCCAGUCAGCCAGGAAAAGGAUGGGUAACUCCGCCUGGUGUGGCCAGUGUGGAGAUGCUGGCCCAGAAGAAACUAGAGCAAACUAGUACAUCACUGGAAGCUGCUCUCAAAGUAGUGGAGACCAAACUGGCACAGGGGAGCAAUGUGGACGGUGGGGCCACCACAGUGAAGGCAGCAGGCAAUAUUCUGGAUGACAUUGGCAACAUGUUUGAUGACCUGGCCGACCAACUGGACGCCAUGUUGGAGUGACCUCCCAACUUCUGUCCUGCACGCAGAAAAAGUUUCUGUCUCAAGGGAGCAGCAGACAGAAAUCUGAACAGUGAGCACGGGGUCAGAGGGAACCUUAGAUGCUGGGAAGAACAGAGAGCGUGGAGCUCAGCACUUCCUGGGGUUUAAGAUCAAUCAGUUUGUGAAUAUUUGAGGACUUUCCUGCACAGCUUUUCCUUUGUUUUUGAGCACUUCGCCUUAGGACACACACCUGGGAAAGUUAUUGGAGGGAGUACAAACAGCCGCCAGAAGAGCUUCCCGAUGUUGUUCAGUAUCUUCAGUAUCACUAAAAGGGAAUAAGAGUCCAUUGUAUCCAUGUAACCUGUGUAUAUACAGACACGUGUUUAUGUGUGUAGUCAAAUAUCUUUAUACUGAACAUAUUGACCUGUGAUUAUAUUUAUACUUAUAUAUGUUGGGGUUUUUUUUAACCAAAGAGUUCCUAUUGGCUGCUUUAACCCUAUUGUAUAUUAGCAAGAUGAUCUAAUAUGUAUAUUUUGCUGCUUAUGGUCUGUAGUGUGGGGAAAUGAUUGUUUAAUAUAGGGAAAGAAUCAUAUUUCAUAAAUGUACGAUGGAUUGGUGUGGACCUGUUUUAACACAAGUGUUUGUUGUUGUUGUUCUUUAAAGCACUGUUACUGUCAGUAAAAACAGAUGCUUAUCGGUUUUAAAGUUAUUUAGUAACAGAGCUCAUCUCAGGUUGGUAUGGUACCGUCAGCAUGCUGUUUCAUUUCAGCAGUGGCCAAAACAUUUCGUGGAAGGCAACAUGUUAAUGAACUGAACAUGGAGUCUUCAUUUGCUGCCAAAAUGUUUAAUUGGCGUAUUAACUGAUAGUUAUAUAUUUGAUUAUAUAUUUAAAUGAACAAACUCGAUGUGAAUUUGACAUCAAAUGUUUAAGAGGCUUUAAAUUUUUUAGAACAUUGUCUCUCCCAUUUUAAUUUCACAAUCAGUCGUUUAGCAUUUCCUGUUCCCAUUUUUUUCAUUCAGUGUUAAAUGUUGUUCCAGCAGUGUUCAGACUAAAUCCCACAGAGGUUUUAUGUGCCAGAUUUCUGACAACAUUUAGCAAUUAGUUGCUUUUGUCUUACACUCUUAUAGGUCUUUGAAUGCAGUAUAGGCUCACAAAAUAUGUCACAAACACUCUGUGGCGGGGCAGGGGAGGGGCUGGCCCAAAUGGUGGCUGAGCUGGUGGCCACACGGAGGGAGCAGGCGGCGGUGUCGCGCUGAGAAGUGGAUGAACUGCAGGACCAGACCGAGUGCCGGAUGCACGUGAUUACGAUUCUGGCGGCUCGGCUCAGUUCCUGGCCCACACCGCUGCCGGCGCACCACAGCUGUAUGGGAGUGGCAGGUGUCCGAUCUGCUCCGGUCCCCAGGGUGAGGCCAGCCAGGAUGCCGUCUGCCUCCACACCCGUGCCCACUCCUCAGGUGGAAGCAGCUGGUGCAUGCUGGUGCCUGCACCCAUUCCUGCUCCCCGGAGGAGGGCCGCUGAGCAACCUCCGCGUCCACCACCAGCUCACUCACCUGCUCAGCCGGGGCCGGAGAAACUGUUUGUUGUUAAAGAAGAAAAUAGAAGACUUAGUUUGUGGGAUCAAACUGGUUUGAUUUGUAGAACUGAGUUGUAAAUUGAGAAAAUGAUUACUUUGAGUUUUGCAUCAGUUAAAUUACUCUGGCAUACUUCAGCCUCCGUAGCGAGCAAGGACCAGUCUCAUAACUGUAAAUAACCAGCAAAGUUUGAUAAGAACUUCACUUUGGAGUUUUGUUCUUCGCUUGUUCCUGCUGCAGUGAAGACAUUUGUCAGCAGAUGCUAAAUCUGUUGUAGCACUGACAGUUACUCCUGUACCAAUUCACUUUAAAAUUCUCUUUUUAAAAAAAAGCUGUUGCAUGACUCAAUACUUCGCUUACUAUCCAGUGGAACAUCUGUUUUUGAGCCAUUCUUUUUUUAAUUGGGCUCUUUUAGAAAAGUCAUUACCUUCAGCCAUCUUUAGGCUUCCUUCUUUUACUCCUCUGCACGCCUUCAUUUUAAAAAUGGAGUCGAAUCUCUCUCCCAAACCUUUGCUGGGAAGAUUUGGUUAAUGGAAGCUGGCAUGUUUUUACAUUUUUUAAGAUACCAAGCAUGUUCACAUUCAUGCAACAGCUUUUUUCUCUGUGGUUUCGAUCUUCUGUUUUGUUUAUUAAUGUUUCCUUCUGAAUUCUGUGUCAAACCAGAAAUAAUUAAAGGCAUUUGUACUGA